AUUAACAGGAUAUUAUCUACAUGUUCACCGGUUUUAUCCAUUAAACCAUUCGGUUAUGUUUCUUUAAAUACCAUUCGUCAUUGUGUUACUAAAUGUUUUGGAAUGUUCGUUUGGGAAUGUUGAAGCUAUUGAGCUCAUAAUCGAUAGAGCUUGUCAAUUGACCACAGACCAAAAUCAGUGUGUCUAUGAAGUUCAAAGGAUUAAGGAAUUAUCUAAAUGCAUGUUCUUCUGCGCGUGCUGCACGUUUUUUCCAUUCAAGUGUGUUUGGCGUUGCCUACAAUUGAUUAGGACCCAAGUGACAUCUGAAUACAUGUUGUUCUGUGUGUGCUGCACAUUUUAUCCAUUUACGUAUCUUUGGAGUUGCUUGCAAAGGAACGGGAUCCAUAUGAACUUUUUGUGUUGCCUGAAACGGAUUUUGCCAAAGCCUGCAAAGCAACCAAAAGAAAAGCGAGAUGCCUACUUACUCGAUCAUGACAGAUUACACUGUGCUACUCAUUCUCCUGGGGAUAUAAAGCUUCGAAAUAUCUUAACAACAACAUUCAAUCUGGAUGAUCUCGGUACAAAUAAGCCGCAGUCUGAAAAGCUAAUUGUCGUGACAUGCAAAGCAAAGACACGAGGGAUCGAUGACAUGUUUUCGGCCUUGGAAAACUUACAAGAUGAAGAACUAAACAGACUAAUAUUCAUUUACCGGGUAUUUGAAGAAAGUCAAAAACUCAGCACUUAUAUGUUGGAAAAUGACAGCAAAUAUUACAGAGUUAAAGCAAUAUUCAACUAUUCAGAAGUGAAGAAGGAAUUUCUAUUAAAUGGUUCAUUUCACGAUGCUGUGCAAGAUGUAUUAGAUAAGAAAGAACCAUAGAAUAUAAACGACACUUACAAAAAAAAACACUUUGAUUUUUGAGGUUUUGCUGAAAACAGUCUGAACUAUUAAAAUAAUUCAAAUACAAAAAAUGCUUAACCGGUUUAAAGAAUACUAAUCACAUGUUUUCCUAACAGUAAAAGUCAUUAUAUGUUAACAUCACAACUGUUAUUGGGAUUCCAUAGGGAAUCCUACACAAAAACAUUUUCUAAUAAACACUGUCAAAACUAAAAACACAUAAAAUCACUGUAAAAAUCUGUUUUCAGUGUUUGUCAAUGCGUUCCAUUAGCGAUCCAUUUAAACAUCACGCGUUCCAUGAAGUGCUCUAUUGUGCAUUCAAUUAAGUGAUCCAUUAUGCAUACAAUUAGCGAUCUAUAUUAUACAAUCCAUUAGCCAUCUGUUAGUGGUUUAUUAUGUACCGCACUAGUGUUUUGUUAAGUGACACAUUUGUGUCAAUUAGCAAUCCGUUAGAUCAUUUUUAUGUGAAACUGGAACAAGGUUUUGAUGGUGUUUAUUAGACUAACAAUGCACUAGUGGAGCAUGAUUUUGGUGGCAUUUAUUGACAGUAUUCAUUGGGUCUUUUUUUUUUUUUGCUUGGAGAAAAAAAAAACGUGAAAAAAAAGAGUAUUUUAUAGCUAUGUAUACAACCAUUUUAUACUUCAAAAAAUAUCUCAAAAUUAUACCCAAAAGUAGCAAACAAUAGUAAAACAAGAGCAUCGUAAUGCAGAGCAAUAUAGGUAUGAUAUUUGACCCUCAAGUGUGGCCUUGACCUUGAAGCUAGCCAUCCGAAACAUGCGCUCUGCAUGGUCGUUUUGAUGUGGUUAAAAUUUGGGCCAAGUUUCUUUAAAAUCCUUAAGCAGUUCAAGAGUAAUACAGAGCGGACUAGAAGCAAAGUCAUAUAACCUUUGACCCCUAAGUGUGACCUUGAUGUUGAAGCAAGCCAUCUAAACCAUGUGCUCUGCACAUCAUCUCGAUGUAGUGAACAUUUGUGUCAAGUUUCCUCAAAAUCCUUCAAGAGUUACAGAGCAGACACACGGACAGACAGAAAGGCAGUUGCAUUUUUAUCGUAGUCAACUAGUUUUAUUGUUUCAUUCUACGAGGGGUGUUCAAUAAAUAAACGCAAGUGUUCGCAUUUUCUCAGAUAUUAUCGAAAAUUGAUUAAACUGUUACAUAAGAUAGAGAAGGGAUUGCUUGAUAUAUCAAAACCUUAUUUUCUUUAGACAAAUAAUAUUAGGUAAUUGCGAGUCCCCGUGGCAACACCAUAUGGUCCAAUUUUGUCUCUUUUUUUCUACUUUGUAUUCAGUAAAACAUUACUUGCAACUUACUUAUUUUCAAAGAUAAGUUAUGUAAAACCCGGUGAAUAUUUAGUAUAAUAUGUAACAUCUAAGCCUUGCAGAAAUAAAAUAAAUUGUAACUGUGGCAUCAUUAAAAUAUUGUUCUGCCAGCACUCCUGCCUAGGACCAGGAACAGUUGUUGAAAUGUGUUAAGACAAGAGUGAUGACAAUGUACCAAUGUCUGUAGCAAAGAGGCAAAAACAGUGAUCAGUCACAAACCUGUUAUUCAGAUGUAAAGUUCAAGCAGUUCCAUGGUAACAACACUCAUAGUUCACAAAUAUUCACAAGUUCCAUAUACCUCUAGAAGUUACUGUUCUAUGACUAGUACAGUAUGCUCAUGUCGGGAUAAACAAGAAUUUUUAACGGAGUUUUCAACACCCCCACCUAGGGACAAUUUUCACAAAACAUAUUACAUGCCAAUACAACAUAUUCUAAGUAUAAGGACAAUACACAAACAAUAUACACAAGUCAUAGCUUUGUAUCAUACAAUUCAUGAAGACAUUAUGAAGUGUGAAAAUGUCUGGAAAUCUAAAUUGAAGAAUGCUAUCCAAUGUAAAUACAGUCAAACCUGUGAACAAAGACCACUCUUCGGAACAAGCAAAAGUGGUCUUUGUUCACAGGUGGUCUUUAUUCGGGGGGAAGGGUCACUUCUCAUUUAGCCAUUAUCAUGCUGAUAAAAAGCUUCUUGCUUUCUUUAUGUUCUAUGUAUUAAUUUCGACCGGUGCAAACUUGCAAAUUUUCAGUCAAGCAGUAAUUAUUAUGUUUGCUAUAAUGCAAGUCGUGAAAAUUCGGCGGAUUUCAAAUAUUUUCAUCCCGUAACGGUCCAGCUUGGUCGUUAUUGGGGGGCAAAUAUGUCUCUUGGGAGUCGAUAAUGCCGGUCGCUGGUCGCGGUCACUAUUCACGGCCUUUUUAUGAGCAUUUUUCUACAGGGGACCAAAGACCGGUUGUUGUCGACAGGUGGUCGCUAUUUACGGGUGGACGCUAGCACAAGUUUGACUGUAUUUGUAUUUUAAAGACUAAAUGUGAUUUUAUUUUUUAAUCGCUGAGGAAAUAUAAACAAAAAUAUAAUGAAACAUUUUACUACAUUAAAGACAGGAUAACAUAAAGAAAUAAAAUGCAUGACAUUUAUAUGGAACUAAAAUAACCUGUUUUAAAUUACACACCAGAAAAGUUAAUUCUACUGUUGAUACAGUACUGCACUACAUUAUCAACUUAGUGAGUUGUAGUAAUGCUGUUAACUUGUGCCUGGGCUUGUCUACAAUAGUUACUGUUGACAGCUUUUUUAUUUUUAUUAAUUCAUACCAAUCAUCUUACUUAAAAUAUACAAUGUAAUUUCAUUUUUUUCAAAUAGUGGCAAAACUGAUAUAAAAAUAUAUGUUUUGCAAUAUAUCAAAUAUAAAAGGGAGGUAAUUUCAUGCACAAACAAAAAUAGAAAUUUACUUGGGUUCCUGAGACCUUGACCUUUGCAUAUGACUCAAUGUCUUGUAAUGGUUAAUAUUAAUGUAAAGUUACUUGAAUAUAUACCACUGAAUGAAAAAGUUACACAAAAAAAUCUCCAAAUGUGGCUAGGGGUCUGGGUCUUGUGCACGACACAUCAACUCAUUGCAGGGGACAUUUGUGCAAAAAAAAUUUAAAAUUCUUCUGAUAAAUGUGCAGUCUGAUCAUAAUCUGCACUGGUUACAAAGGCAAAAUUAAUGGUGUCCUGCAUGACAAGGUUUAAUUGAGUUUUGCAUAUUACAAGAAACAUUUAUUCUUUAAACACUUGUACAUAUUUUUUCUUCAAUCUGAUAUUUCCUAAAUUUUAAAAUGUUUUUAUUUUAAAUAACUACAUACAUGUACUGUUGAUGUCACUAAGGACUGGUUUGUUCGUAAGAUGUUACUGUCAUUCAUGUCUUGGACUUCAUUGUCCAUGUUACAUACUUAGGAUGAUUUUUUACAUUAUAAUGUUGGAGGACCAUAAUGUUACACUGGAUAUAGCCGAAUAUUUUACCCUCUUUAAAUAAAGUUAUUCAAUAUAACAAUUACUAUUAUUACUAAUAAAAAAAUAUUUUGGUAUUUGCAUUAUCUUGGAAUAAUCUUGUACUUACUAAGGUAGUUCUUGUUCAGAUCAAAAUUUUUUCUACAGUGAAGAAUUUGAUUACAUCGCUAUUUUUCAAAACAUAAAGGUGUAAUUAGAAAAUUCGGCAAAUAAAAAUGAUAGGGUUGUGUGUUUGACAUUUGCUAGACUGAUCUGAAAAAUUUGGAUUUUGUUCAUUUUCAUAAUGGGAAUCCACAAUUUUAAUGACAUUUUUGGAUACAGAAACAAGAUUUCCAAGUGGCGUAAAAAUACUCCCAAAGGGUUAUAUCAGAGGAUGGGACAUAUAUAAAAAAAAUUCAAAGAACUUGACUGUUGAAGCAAAAAGGACAUGAACAACAAAGGGAAAAAAAUCCAAAAUAAAAAUUCUUAGUCCACAGAAAGAAAAAUCCUUACCAGGAACAAAUCUGUCAAAAUGCACCUAAAAUUUAAGGUACCAUCCAUGUUGUACCACAGAAAAGUGGUCCUGAAUUUUUCCUACAGCCAAUAAUAAAUAAGUUACAAAAUAAGCUAUUCAUAGUAAAAUAAAGGGAAGUAAUUCAAUAAAAAAGUAUUGAAAGUGUCUGCCGAAUAAAAACAAUGCAGAGCAAUAUAUGCACGAAACAAAGUCAUAUGACCUUUGACCCCUAAGUGUGACCUUGACCUUGAAGCUAGCCCUCCAGAACAUGCACUCUGCGCGUCAUCUCUGUGAUGAACAUUUGUGCCAAGUUUCUUUAAAAUGCUUCAAGCAGUUAGAGUUACAGAGCAGACACGAAACGAAGUAAUAUGACCUUUGACCCUUAAGUGUGACCUUGAUCUUGAAGCCAGCUAUCCAAAACAUGCGAUCUGCAUGUCGUUCCAAUGUGUUAAACAUUUUAGUCAAGUUUCUGCGAUAUACUUAAAGGAGUUCAAGAGUUACAGAGUGCACAAGAAACAAAGUCAAUUGACCUUUGACCCCUUAGUGUGACCUUGACCUUGAAGCCAGCCAUCCAAAAACAUACACUGCACAUCGUCUCUAUGCGGUAAACAUUUGUGUCAAUUUUUUCUGAAGCCCUUCAAGGGGUUCAGAGUCACAGAGCGGACAAGAAAUUGCUAACAGAGAGACAGAUGAACAUUCGGGGUUAUAUGUCCCUUCCGGCAUAUAAAAAUUCUACAAGGUAGAUGUUUCAUUUUUAAUGAAACUUCUCAGCUGAAAAAAAAUAUAUUACCUUUCUUUUGGUAAAAAAAAAUAUAUAGCUCUGUGUGCUUACUUUUGAGAGAUUUGAUCACGGUUAAAGAGAUCUGCAAAAAAUGUUUUUCACAUGUCAACAUUUUUGUUCAUAAUCUUUAGAAAGACUGAAAUGCUGCUGAUUUUAUCACUUAUUAAUAAGCAUGCCAUUUAUUAAAUUUUGUGAUUUGAUUUAUGCUGCUGUAUGCACCAUUCAGGCCUUUUUUACUGGGCAAAGACAUUAAUUUGUUUUCAGCAUUUUCUGUUAAUUGCUCUCAAAUAAAAUUUGCAUGUUUCUUAAAUAGACAUCAGUAUUAUGUAUUUCAUAAAUAUAUAUUCUUUCCAUUUCACUCAUACUUAAAAUGUUUCUGUUAAUGUAAGAAAAUGUAUCUGAAUAGCUCUGAUAAGAUUUAAUAUUUUGAUGUACUUCACUCAAAAGUAGAUUAAACAUCUGAUUUGCACAAAGCAA